UGGUCUGUCGUGCGUCGUUACAAUGAAUUCUAUGUGCUCGAGUCAAAACUGCUGGAAUUCCAUGGUGAUGCAAUCAAGGCAGAUCCACUGCCGCCUCGUAAACCGUUCGCCACGAAGGGUCGUGCUUUCAUCGAGACACAACGACCAUAUUUUGCUAGAUUCCUUCAGUUACUGACGAGACAGUCUUUGCUGAAACGCUCUGAUCUGUUGUUCAUGUUUCUGACGAGUGAUCAAGAGCUCAAAGAUACCAUACAACUAUCUGACUUGAACCCGUGGAACAUGGUUCGUAAGAUGCCGGGUAAGUUCACUCGAGAACGCGGUCAAAACUUGAAACCAUUCAUAUUAUCGCUGUUGGCCACAACUCUGGCACCACAACCUGAAAUAGGCACGAUCAAUAUGGAGAGAAUUGGAGGUGGUGGGGAACGAUCAGAGACGAGGUUUUUUGUUAUGUGA